AAGAUGACUCAUGACCUCACACACUAUGUUGUUUAUCUCUGACUGUUUCACUACACACUAUGUGUUACUGAUAUCUGUUCACCGAACUCUUCACAACUACUGGCUAUUAUGAUGUGCACUGAGACUGUCAUGGGGAAAUAUUUGUGUUUAUUCGUGAUCCUUCUCUUGUUCCAUGAAGUUGUAUCUGCUCCAAGACGGAAACUUCACAGAGUUCUACAUCUGCGAGAAUUGAAUGAGGUUUCUACAGAAUCAAGCAAAGAGUCUUCCUCUGAGACUACAACGCCAGAAUCACCACCGCUCACCCCAACAUAUCCCCCGAGAGACCCAAACGACGCUUGCCAUGGAUGCACUUAUGGACAAGUUUGCCAGAUGGUCAUUCCUCCAUGUUUGAGACCCCCACCUGAGUGUCAUGAAACAACCCCAGACCCCAGCCUAAACUGCGCCCAGUAUGCCAACUACUGCAAGCCUAUUCCAGCUUGUAUUGAUUAUUCUAUUGCAGUAGGAUAAUUAAUCAUCAAUUUAAUAAUUUAUCCACAAAAUAUUAAUGAAUAUUUUGAUAGGUUUUGAAAGAAAAAAUUAAAACUUUGGAAUGUGUUUACAUGUAAUCAUUUAUUAAAAUAUCAUUUGUUUCUC